AUGCGCCGUCAACGACAUUCUGAUGAUAAUAAUCAAGAUCUCCAACGACAACAAGAAGAAGAAGAACAACAAUUACAAAAUCAACGACGACAACACGAAGAAGAAGAACAACAAUUACAAGAUCAACGACGACAACAACGAUUGGAAGAAAUACUACGACAACGACAGGUCCAACGACAAGAACAACAAUUAGUAAAUCAACGACGACAACAGCGAUUAGAAGAACUAAAAAGGCAACAGGAACAAAGACAAGACCAGGAAUUAGAAGAACAUCGUCAACGACAGCGAUUAGUAGAACAACGUCGACAGCAACAACAGCACGCUGAAGAUGAGGAAGAUCAGCGUAUUAUUGACCCAGUUCACGUUAGAGGAGAAAUAUACGUUUCUAGUCUUUCAUAUACCGAAGCAUUUAGACAGUAUAAACCAUCAAAGUUUAUAACGGUAAUGUCACAUGCGAUUUGGGGGUAUCGAAAUUUGGCUCUUCGAGGUGUUAAAAUUACUAAAAGAAACCAAAAUAUAAAGCUAUUAACACCUGAAAAGAAAGUGGUCCUGGAACACCAAUAUCAUAGAUUUCUAAAAAAAAGAAAUUUAUCUAACGAGAUGGUCAUCAUGGAACGAAAUAACAUUAAUACGUAUUUAGGACGAUCCAUUACAAGUGCAGAAAAGAAAGCAAUAGGAUCAAGAUAA